CGUCACGCUAUGUUUUGGACAGCAGGCAGCUGUGCUGUCUGUUGUGUGGUAGCAGAGACACUUUGUUGAAAGUCGAUGUAGAUCGGUUUAAUUAAAUAAGAUCUAUUUGCAAACGACACACUUUACUCACGUCUCAGCUAAAAAAGCCAUGCAAACACUGACGCUACCAAGCCUGAUACAGGUAUGGAUGCUGUUUCUGUGGUUUGCCUCAUGUAACUGUGGACCAGAUCCCAGAAAGCGUGAAGAUUUGAUCAACCAGGAGAAGUCUAGACGGACAGGAGGUGACAUACAGCUAAACAAGGACGAGAAACUCCUUGAUGCAAAGCUCCAGAAACUCAAACAGCACGAAUUGGAAACAGGACAGUUUCCUCCGUCCAUGCAUUUCUUUAAGGCAAAGCCCCUCAUCGAGCAAAGCCCCAUCUUUAGUUUGCUUCAGAAGAUGCCUAAAGGUGCCGCCCUACAUGUUCACGACUUUUCCAUUGUCGAUGUGGAAUGGUUGGUGAAGAACGUUACCUACAGAGAGAACUGCUAUGUGUGCUUCACCGAUGAUCAAUCUGUCCAGUUUAUCUUCUCCUGGAGGCCGCCUGCAUCUCGUCUGCACUGCUCCUCAUGGAUCCUGCUUAGAUCCCUCAGGGAGACGAUAAAAAACAGCACUGACUUGGACAACAGUUUCAUUCGAAAUCUUACACUUUUCACCGAGGACCCAGACAGGGCCUAUCCCAGCCAAAAUGUGGUGUGGAAGAGGUUCGAGAAGGCAUUUGUUGUGUUAUUUGGACUGGUGACUUAUGCACCUGUAUUUAAAGACUACAUCUAUGAAGCUCUCAGGCAGUUCUAUGCGGACAACAUCAUGUAUAUGGAAAUCAGAGCUUUGCUACCAUUGACAUACGAACUUGAUGGUAAAAGAAAUGAUAGAAACUGGAGUAUGCAGGCCUACCAGGAAGUAGUAAAAAGAUUUACAGCAGAUUACCCAGACUCCUUAGGGGCUCGGGUGAUCUUCACCGUCAACAGGGGUGUGAAUGAAACCGAGGCUAUGAGCGCAAUAAAGGAGGCCAUGAUAUUACAGAAGAACUUUCCAGACAUCAUGGCAGGCUUUGACUUUGUUGGACAAGAAGAUCGCGGCAGACCGUUGUGGUACUUCAAGGAGGCUUUGAGUUUACCAGAAGAGGAGGGUGUUAAACUGCCUUACUUUUUCCAUGCGGGAGAGACAGAUUUACAAGGAGCAGAUGUGGAUCAGAACAUUAUGGAUGCUAUUUUAUUCAACACCACACGUAUUGGUCACGGCUUUGCCUUGGCACAUCACCCUUUAGUCAAAGAGAUGUCCAGAAAGUUGGAUGUGCCCAUAGAAGUUUGUCCUAUCUCAAAUCAGGUGUUGAAACUGGUCUCAGACCUAAGGAAUCACCCAGCGGCUGCGCUAAUGGCAGAGGGUCAUCCUUUAGUGAUCAGCUCUGAUGAUCCGUCUCUUUUUGGGGCUACUGGACUUUCUUAUGAUUUCUAUGAAGCCUUUGUGGGAUUUGGAGGAUUGAGCUCUGAUUUAGGCACAUUGAAAAAGCUGACCAUGAACUCUCUCAGGUACAGCUCAUUGCCGGAUCAAUUGAAGCAAAAGGCUAUUGCAGCUUUGCUGGUAAAAUGGGACAAAUUUGUCCUGGAGAGUUUAUUAGGAAGUACCACUAGUCUCUGAACCAUGACAAUUUUAAAGCAACACUAUGUAGUUUUCAUGUAAAAAUGACUUACAGCUCCCCCAUGUGGUUGAAAUGCGCAACAAUGCCUGGUAUCAGACACUCUUCUGCAGGCAGGGGGAGGGGCGGAGCUGUGUUUCCUACCCUCCACCGCCACUUUCAGAGUGUGCUUGUAGCAGCUAGGAGGCUGGUCAGGUUGCAGCAACAGUACAAUUUGUCAAGUUAAAAGUUGUUCUAUCACUGAAAUAAUUUUAGAGACAUUAUUUAAAGGUAAAAAAACUACAUAGUGUUGCUUUAACACUGGAGUAUUGUUCGCUCUGUUUUAAAUCAAAUAUUUGCACAUACAGGAGUGUGAAGACUAUUAUAUACGCUGUGUGUUUGAGGAAACUAAUUGUAAUGCCUUAAAUUGGCUUGUACUGCCAUCUGGUGCAGAACCUUUAUAAUUCAUUCAAAGGCUGUUCACAACAACAUCAAGGACUUGAACCUCAGUACCAGUUGUGAUGAGGUUCUAGGACAGAAUCAUUUUAAAACAAUAUGUAGACAUUCCCAAUGUACAAUCACUUCUUGUUUUUAAAACACUCUUGUAUUUUAUUGAA